UAGCUUUUGAUCGAAAGAAUGUGAAAGAUCAAAGGUUUUCAUGAAAGAUGAAUGACCAUUAUUAAUUGUUUAGUUAUCUUCAUGCAAAGCUGAUGUUGGAAGGUUGGCAUAACUACCAUUUGAAAAUGGAAAAUGCUUCUUUAUAAAAUUAUUAUCAACCCUAAAAACAUGUCAGUUCUUAAUAGAGGGUCUUAUAUUUUAAAGCUGUAGAGAGGAAUGAGAUACCUAAACAAGUAGGAAAAGUAUGUGUGUUGCUCUUUUAAAAGAGUGCUUGGUUAGUUAGUGCUGGCCUCUAGGCCUUGUCAUUGAGCUCAUAGUCUCUUCUUCCUCUUCUUCUUCUGCUUCUCCUCGUGCAUUAUCUGGGCCAAAAUCAUAACAUCAAGUGUGUGGGAGAGCUUACAAAGAUGGAAGAAGGACAGCUAUCCCGCUCUAAUCUGGAAAGUUCAGAUCAAGAAAAUGCUAUCCAUAUGCUGCUUGUUCCAUACCCUUUACAAGGACAUAUUACACCAUUCAUAAAGUUGGCAUACCUAAUUUCUGGUCGCGGAAUCAUGGUCACACUUGUCAUAACAGAGUUUGCACAUGCACGUAUGAUGGCUGCAGAGCCAGAAUUGGAUAAUGAGCGGUAUAAGGUCAGGUACAUCACAGUUCCUGAUGGAUUGUCAGAAGAUGAUGCACGGAAUGAUGAAGGUAAGCUGGCUCAGAGUAUAUCCAAAGUCAUGCCUGGUCAUUUGAGAGAAGUGUUAGAGAAGGUCAACAUGGAGGGUAAUCGGGUGACUUGUGUCAUAGCUGAUCCAAUGUUUGGGUGGGCUUUGGAGAUUGCUGAGACAAUGAAGGUCAAGUUGGCAAUGUUCUGGCCUUCUGCCCCAGGAAUUUUGGCCUUGAUACUUAACAUUCCAAAGCUUAUUGAGGAUGGGAUUAUUGACACAAAGGGAUCUUCGAAAAUUGAUGGGAAGGUUCAACUGUCACCAGACCUGCCACCUCUGACUAGUACCGACUUCCUGUGGAAUUUUUCAGGAAACCAAUCUGCCGAGGCCAUGUUCCAAUAUUUCUUAGGCAUUCAACAAAACAUGAAGCGUUCUGGCUGGCUUCUGUGCAACUGGUUUCAUGACCUUAACCCCCUUGUUGGUAAUUUAGUCCCACACAUGUUUCCAGUGGGCCCAUUACUUGCAAAUGGAAAACCAGCUGCAAACCUUUGGCCAGAGGACUCGACUUGCUUGAGCUGGCUCAACAAACAACCUGAUAGAUCAGUCAUUUAUGUUGCAUUUGGAAGCAUCUCAGUAUUCAGCCAGCACCAGAUGGAUGAGUUAGCAUUAGGCCUUGAACUUGUUGGUCGACCAUUCUUAUGGGUUAAACGGUCAGACCUCAUCAUAGGCGGUUCUUCCAAAUACCCAAAUGGGUAUGAAGAGAGAGUGGCGAACCAAGGCAAGAUUGUUCAGUGGGCACCCCAAGAAAAGGUGUUGGCUCACCCAUCUAUUGCUUGUUUCCUGACUCAUUGUGGUUGGAACUCAACCAUGGAUGGCUUACGCAUGGGCGUCCCCUUCCUCUGUUGGCCUUACUUUGCUGAUCAGUUUUACAACCGGAGUUGCAUCUGUAAUGGCUAUAAAGUUGGUCUGUCCUUAAGCCCAGAUGAAUAUGGAAUUAUUACGAGGCAUGAAAUCAGAAGGAAAUUGGAUAGUUUGGUUGCUGAUUAUGGUAUAAGAGCCAAUGCAUUAAAGCUCAAAGAAAUGGCUGAACAGAGUAUCAAUGAAGGAGGAUCUUCUGUAAGGAAUUUGGACAACUUCAUUCUACAGAUGAAGCAAUGAAGGGGGCAUCAAGAUCACGAUCACCUGUUUAUGAAUAAUCAAACAUUCAAACCCAAUAUACUGAGACAUUGUCCAAUUUAACCUACUGCUCGGUUCAAUAGUAUACCAGUACUCAUAUGGUUUUCUUCUGUUCUGUUCUUUUUUUUUCCUCUCUAAUGGAAAUUAGUACCCUCAUUUACUUAAUCUGUUUUGAAAGACAAUCUUUGUCCUCGCAUUUGUUCAGAAGUUAGCAAAUUUUGUCCCCA